GCAUCGCUAAUUAUAACAAGCCCCAUGCAUAUUUACGCCUUUGACGUGGUCAAUAUGUUUUUGUUUGCCAACAGAAAAACGGAUUCACUAUGAAUUUAUGACGGCCUAAACGCUUAAAUUUCAGAUUUAAUGUUAUGCCCCAAUUUUAUAUUUUUACAAUAUUUAUAUUAGGUUAAAUGUAUUUUAUGAGCGUAUUCUUGAUAUAUAUAAAAUUAAUCUAGGUAAAUAUCAGUAUCAAAUACAUGAUGUGUGCCCGUUAUCUCCACCCAUUUCCUGAGGUGUGAAGGAUGUCGGCGAAACGUACAGGGAGCAUACAGUAGCCCACCGCACCCACCACAUCAGCGUUGCUGACUGAUUUCUGCUCACAUCGACUAUUGCUUUAUCUUCACAGUCACUCGGGGAAUCGGCACGUAAGCACGGACCGGUCGAUGGAAAAAGCGAGAAGAUGAUACUUUGAAGAGGGUGGACAUGGAAACCCGACGCUGAGUUCCUUUAAUUGUGACCAUAAGACACCAUGGCCAAACAGUAUGAUGUGCUGUUUAGACUCCUGCUUCUCGGAGACUCCGGUGUCGGCAAAACCUGUUUAUUAUGCAGAUUCACGGACAAUGAAUUUCAUCCCUCUCACAUUUCCACAAUCGGUGUUGAUUUCAAAAUGAAGACCUUAGAAAUUGAUGGCAUUAAAGUACGAAUACAAAUAUGGGACACAGCAGGUCAGGAGAGAUAUCAGACCAUCACUAAGCAGUACUACAGAAGAGCACAGGGCAUUUUUCUGGUGUAUGACAUCACAAGUGAGCGCUCGUUCCAGCACAUCAUGAAGUGGGCCAGUGAUGUAGAUGAGUACGCCCCUGAGAAGGUGCAGAAGAUACUUGUUGGGAACAAGUCUGAUGAAGAACAGAAGAGACAAGUAGCUACAGAACAGGGAGAUAAGCUUGCCAAGGCUUAUGGAAUGGACUUUUUUGAGACAAGUGCCUUUACCAACCACAACAUUACAGAGUCUUUCACCCGAUUGGCUGAAUUAGUCCUACAAGCCAAUAAGAAGGAUCUUGAUUUGUUGGGAGGAUCCAUGAAUGAUGAGUUCAAUCUGGCUGUUUUGGAGGAGCAGGAAGGGUUGUGUAAUGUUAGCGAUGACACCCGUAAGUCCUGCUGGUGCUGAGGACAGGAAGUGACAUUUUUCAGUUGAUUUCCAUAUUUAUGUUGCAUUUUACAAUUUGAUUUUUUUUUUUUUUUUUUUUUUUUUUUUUUAGUUAAAAACGGCACUUCAGUGCAACUGUACAUUAUUUAUUCAAGCCACACAUUCAGAGUCACUCUCAAGUUAUCUUAUAUAUAUAUAAGAAAAAGUUGAUUUAAGUGUGAGACGUCAUUGACGGGAUUUAUUUAACAUGGUUGUAUGGCUGGAACGCCCAUGUUAACAUGUAAUAUUUGUUCUUGUGUUAUGCUAUGGGACUUCAUGUGAAUAUUUCCAGAUCUGAUUUGGCUUUCUCUAAAAUUCUCUAAAACCUAGAAUGUUUCUACUUGACCUUCAUUGAAUGCUCUUUCAAGGUAAUAAAUUUAUUCUCAAGUGAUUAAUUGAUGAAGCUAGAGUUUCUCAUGUCAGUGUAAUAAUAUAAGCUUCUUUUCUGUAAAUGCAUAGUAAAAAAUAUUGUCACUAAUUAUGCUGCUUACCAAUUUUGGUCCACUGUGAUUGCAAAUGAAAGCAAGGGUUUUUAUCUCAUUAAUCUGAGGUUAUUGUGCUAAAAUAUUAUCAUUUAAUAUGGUAUUUAUACCAAUAUUACAUCAAGCACUUUUGUUAUCAAUGAUCACUAUUUAGCUGAUUAGAAUAGUUGGAAUGUUUAAGAACUUUUACUCUAAAGGAUUCUGGUUUAACUUUCAUCACAGCACGCCAAACAAUAAUCAACGUCUCACCCAUUCCAACUUGUAUGAAAUUUAUGCAGAAUGAUACGUUGUGAUUCCCAGCAUUAAUGCUGGUGUGCAUCACUGCAAUGACAUGGGUUGUAUUGCUAAUGAUUCAAUGUAUAUUACACUAUUGCAGCAUUUAUAUGUGCAAGUGGUAUUGUACUAUGUUGAUUUAAAUGAACUCUUAUAAUGCUGAUAUGUUAACCUGUGUUAUCUGAGAACUUGUUUCAUGAAAUAUGUCCAUAAACAAUUAGAGAGAUUUAAAUACGUAUGUGGUUAUUUAUUAAACUGUAAUAUUGUGAUUCUGUUUAGAGGGUCAAAUAUUUACGAAUAAACAUUUAAUUAUGAAAA